GGGGCGAAGUGAAAAUUUUCCUUCAUCAUCGGCGGCGGUGUCUUUUCGCGUAUAGAAUUUCCGAGUUUCGCGAGUGUUUUUGCCGUAAAUUUACCUUGUUCCUGUCCCUUUACAUGAGCGAAUUACCCUAGCAACUAUGGAAGCCGUUCCCCGGAUGUCGGUGGUCAGUUUCGAUCUCAAGGAAUCGGCCGAACCGACCAGUUUUGGUCCAUUGAAACAGUAUAUCUCCGAGUACUACCAUGAAGAUCCGGACCUUUAUUCGAAGGAGUGCUACCAGCUGGAGCAAUUGCGAGGCCGAGCGAGUCGUCCCUCGCAUGACGUUGAGGGAACCGCUUUGCUGAAACGGUACUAUUGCCAGCUGCACUCUAUACAGAACCGGUUUCUGCUGAACCAGAUUCCCGAGAGUCAGCAAAUAUUGAGCUUCAGCUGGAAAGAUCUUUAUAGCGGAUCGACCUUGUCUAAGAGCAGCAUCAAGUAUGAGAUGGCCGUAAUUCUGCAUAACUUUGGGGCUCUCCACACCCAGCUUGGAUCCGAAGAGCCUCGUUUGGAGCCCGAAAGUAUGAAGAAGGCUUGUACCCAUUUCCAGUGUGCCGCCUGGGCUUUUGGAUACAUCAAAGAUAACUUUGGCCCUUUCCUUCAAGGAGAUUUGUCCAUGGAAAUGCUUAUUUUUAAGCAAGCACUUUGCUUCGCUCAAGCCCAAGAAUGCAUUAUGGAGAAAAGCCUGUGCGAUAACCGGAAGUCCGGUAUCAUUGCUAAAGUAACGGCUGCCAUCAUAACACACUACAAUUCGGCUUUGGCAGCUUUGCUUACACAAACCGGAGAAGAUGGUCGAAUUCAGGACAUCAUCGGAAGCAAACGGUACAAACAGCUGCAGAAGUAUGUCAAGUUCAAAAUUUCCUACCUAUCCUGUAUUCUACUGCUCUACCAAGGACAACAAUCGGAGGAACUCCAGAAAAUGGGCGAACGAGUCGUUCUGUACCAAGCUGCCUUUGACAAGCUGGAGGAAGCUCGAAAGGAAUCUAAAGGCUUAGCCUGCAUUGAACAGAUCAACGAAGCCCUCACAUUCACCAUGGACGUCGUCGAGGCAAAAAGGAAAUCCGCUAAAAACGAAAACGAAUUCAUCUACCACGAGGAAGUUCCCGAACUGCACACCAUCUCAGCCGUUCAAGGAGCGAAUCUGGUCCAAGGAAUCCCCUUUAGCGUAACCGAUCCGGAUGCCAUCGGGGAGGACAUUUUUCACCGUCUCGUACCUAUGAAGGCACACGAAAGCAGUUCGGUUUACAGCGAAGAAAAGGCUAACCUUCUUCGCACUAUCGGAACAAAAGUCGAAGACAAAGACACCGAACUUACCUCAUUCAUGUCCUCCCUCAAUCUGGACUCGAUCGACAUUCAAAAUCCGAACUCUUUAGUCACCGACAAUCGCCUGCCGCAAGGGCUGGUCGAUCGUUGCGCUGAUCUGCACGCAAAACCGAACGCCAUCCCGGAUCUGGUUCAGUCCAUGUCCAAUCUGGCCGAAACUUGUACCGAUGUCGAAAUGGCCCUCAAAGAAAUCAAGCAUUUGCUGAAGCAGGACGAAAUCCAGGAGGACGACUAUCAACAGAAGAUUGGGCAACGAUCUAAUGGUGGGGCUCACAUAACCGAGCUUAGUCGGGAGUUUACCAAGUACCAGGAAGCCAAUAACAAGGCUGGUGAGAGUAACGAUACUUUGAGGAAAGCAAUGGGAUUGCAUGUACACAAUUUGAAGAUUCUGGCACAGCCGCUGGCCGAAAUAAGGGAUCAAAUUCCGGCCGGCGGGCAGCAGUUCGAUGAAGCUACGUUGAAAGAGCUGCAGGGGAUACUCGGAAAGGUCACCGAAAUGCGAAAUCAACGAGCCAAACUGUACCAAGAUCUCCGAACCGCCGUAACCGAGGACGACAUAACAACCCAGCUGAUUGCGCUCGAAUCCGGUUCCUCGGAUAACAAAAAGCAGAUGCAGGAACUGUUCAAGAAGGAACUGGGCAAGCACGACCAACUGGUUGCGCUGCUGGAGGCCAACUUGAAAGCGCAGGGUAACAUUUUGAAAGCACUGACCGAUAUUUAUGCACGUUGUGCCCCGGUUAUCAAGUCGAUUAAUGAAAGCAAAUCAAAGCGGGAGCAGUUUUUCUCCUCGCUGCAGGCUUCAUACGAUGUCUAUGAAGACUUGUUGUCUAAGAGUGCUAAAGGAUUAGAGUUUUACAAAAAGUUGCAGGGUAAUGUGACCAAGUUGCUUUCGAGAGUUAAGGCAGCUUGUGACGUUCAGGAUGAGGAACGCAAUCAAAAGCUACGAUCUAGCAAUUUGAGCAAGAAGCAGCCGGAUCCAAUUAAGGAAAUUCCUAAAGUUAGUGGUGGAGGAGGACCAAAGUUGAAGGAUUAUCUGAAGUCUGGGAACAUAAGUUUGGGAUCUAUCAAAACGGUUGGUGUGGACAGUAGUUUGAGAGGAAGCUAUGUGCCCCCAGUAAGGCCAGCCCCAGUAGGUUCUGAGAAUACUGCUCCCGUUUCAAGUGCGGCUGGCACGGGAACUUACUAUCAGGACUCUUAUGCGGGCUACAAUUACUAUAAUGCGGCAACGAGUGGCAAUGUUCCGAGUGCAACAACGACAGAUUAUUCACAAUACUAUCAGCAGCAAAUGAUGGGAUAUGGACAGAAUACAGCUGUUGUAACAACAUUCCAAUCCAGUGGUACAACUGCGACAACCACCCAAGUACAACCGAGUUCUACGGGUUAUGUUAACCCGAUUUAUCAGAAUCAGAAUCCAGAGAGCUACUACAACCAAUACACUGGGUCACAAGCGUCACCUGCAAUUGCAUCAACUUCCACUAAGGGAGGAACUUCAGUAUCUUCUGGAGACCAGACUCAACAAUGGAAUAGUAUGACUCAACAGUUUGGGUCCAUGAAUAUUCAACAGCCAGCGAGCUAUCAAAAUCCCACAAGUACGACUGCAGCCUAUGGUCAAUAUCCUAGCUAUACUACCGAUGCUAAUAAUUCAAGCCAGCAGUACGCUGCUCAGACUACAAAUUAUCCCGGCUACAACAGCUAUGGCCAAACAAACGGUCAAUAUCAAACUCCAAACAAUCAAUACUAUCAACAGCCUCAGGCUCAGCAAUCUCAUCAACCACAGCAGGUAUCCCAACCUUCUCCUAACGUUCAACCUCCUAUUCAAACAGUUUCUCAGGAAACUCCGAAACCCGUUUCUGAACCUAGCAACCCCUAUCCUACUUAUCCCGGUUAUUCCUAUAAUCCUGCCACAGGUACCUAUGAAUAUACCGGGAGCAACCUUCCCACCACAGCAGCAACAACAGUAAACUAUUCCCAGCCGUCGUAUGUAAGUCAAUACAACACUCAACCUACGGCCACUUCAACUGUAGCUAGUACUCCUGACCCUGCCACCUAUCAAAAUCAAAAUGCAUUGAGCUAUGGCUAUGGUCAAGUUCAGGCUCCAAUUUCAUACCAAAGUCCUGUGGCCGCUGCAACAUUAACAACAACUCAAACAACUGCAACUGUUCCAUCGGCCAGUGUCUACGGAACUUCAACUGCUGGUUACGAUUACACCCAACAGCAGCAAACAAUCCAACAACCCAACAUCACUCAACAGUACUACCAAGAAAAUCAAUCACAACCCUCGUACUACAACACUCCAGCAGGGUACGAAAAUCAGAACCAAGCCACUUCAUACCAACAACCUUCUAUAGAUCCCUCAGCUCAGACGCCCAAUCAGUAUUCUAACUACCCUACAAACUCCCAAGUGAACGCUUCAGUGCCUACUCAAGGAUACAACUACACAGCAUACGGUACCCCAAGCACAACUCAAUAUUCCCCUGCAUACCCACAAACCUCAGAACAAUCUCAACCACCAACCGCAACAGUCCCUCAACAACCUGUACCGGCAGCCACACCCCAAACAACACAACAACCCAUCCCAGCGCCAACGAAAGCCUCAUCAAACAGCAACCUGGAUCUCCUAUCGGGCAUCGAUUUCACUCCGAUCCCACCGACGACGGUUCCGGUUCUGCAACCUCAGAGCUCGAAGACCAGCAUUCGCGACGAUGAUCAAAACUCCAUCAUUAGUGAGGUACUCACCCCGACCAAAGUUCAAUCCGCCUCAGAAGUGGUCCCACCGAAUCUCGGCAACCCGACAUCAGCAGCCAUUAUUCCAAACGACCAGCCCCAAUCAGUAGCUCCAUCGAUCGAUAGGAAACCGAGCUGCGACAACCUGUCGAUCUGUUCCGACCUUAGCUCCCUGGAUCAGAACUUCGACUGGGAUAGUGCCUCGUUGCGAGCCACCGGCGUUCCACAAGCUGAUCCCACAGUUGGAUCGAUUUUAACCGGGGCCUCGCUAAGUCAAAAACCUGGAUCUGCAGUUGUGGAGAACAUUCUCGUUCAACCGGUGAGUGACCCUUUUGAGGAUCAGUCCACCCUCAAGUGGUUCCACAAGGAGGUCGAGCGGUUGGAGAAGUUCAUCGAUAGUAUGAACAUAAAAACGUUAAACGGAACCACCCCGCUCGAUGGGAAGUGGAAAGAAUUGCAGGAUUUGCUGGUCAAGGACGAAUCCAAAAGACAGGUUAGUGUGGCUCGACUGUUUCCGGAAAAGAAUCGUUCCAUGGAUUGUGUGCCAUACGACCAUGCCCGGGUGACGUUACCUACAUCCACGGAUAACUACAUUAAUGCGGUAUUUGUGAAGGUAAGUAACUUUCAUUUGAGAAAGCUUAUCAGUUUUUCACAUUUUUGUUGAACCUUUUUUUUUUAAAAGCAAAGUCAUUUG